UCUCUCAGAGGGCGGCUGGCGGGGUUGCGCGUCGGCCGUGUUUUUUUUUUUGGGGGGGGGGGUCGUCUCUGCGUCGCUUUUUCCCUUGGCAGCCGUUGCUCCUUCGCUUCGUCUGGCCGGAGCGAGCCGCGGAAGGCGAAGGGUGGGCUUCCCGCCUCCUUUCCUCCCCGCCCGCCGGCCGGUCGGCGCCCCUUUCCCCUCAGCCUCGCCUCCCCUCACGGAUAACCAACAUGGCGGCGGUGUCGGGGGCCGCCGCGGGCAGCUGUGGGAGUCCCGCCGGAGUCCCGGAGAUGGUGCGCGGGCAGGUCUUCGACGUGGGUCCUCGCUACACCAACCUCUCCUAUAUCGGGGAAGGGGCUUACGGGAUGGUCUGUUCAGCCUAUGAUAAUUUGAACAGAGUUCGGGUGGCGAUCAAGAAAAUCAGUCCUUUCGAACACCAGACUUACUGUCAGAGAACCCUGAGAGAGAUCAAAAUCCUGUUGCGUUUCAAGCAUGAAAAUAUUAUUGGGAUCAACGACAUCAUUAGGGCUCCAACUAUUGAUCAAAUGAAAGACGUCUACAUUGUGCAAGAUCUCAUGGAAACAGAUCUUUACAAACUCUUAAAGACUCAACAUCUCAGCAAUGAUCACAUUUGUUACUUCCUUUACCAAAUUUUGAGAGGAUUGAAAUACAUCCAUUCAGCCAACGUAUUGCACAGGGACCUCAAACCGUCCAACUUGCUGCUAAACACUACUUGUGAUCUCAAGAUAUGUGACUUUGGUUUGGCUCGUGUGGCAGAUCCAGAUCAUGACCACACUGGUUUCCUAACAGAAUACGUAGCUACGCGUUGGUACAGAGCUCCAGAAAUCAUGUUGAACUCUAAGGGAUAUACCAAAUCUAUUGAUAUUUGGUCUGUAGGCUGUAUUCUGGCGGAGAUGCUAUCAAACAGACCCAUCUUCCCAGGAAAACACUACCUUGAUCAGCUCAACCACAUUCUUGGAAUUCUUGGUUCUCCUUCCCAAGAAGACUUGAACUGUAUAAUCAAUGCGAAAGCGAGAAAUUACUUGCUUUCUCUACCAUAUAAAAAUAAAGUUCCCUGGAACAGAUUAUUUCCAAAUGCUGAUCCAAAAGCUCUUGAUCUGUUGGAUAAAAUGUUGACUUUCAACCCUCACAAGAGAAUUGAAGUGGAAGAAGCUUUGGCUCACCCCUACCUAGAACAGUAUUACGACCCCAGUGAUGAGCCUGUCGCUGAAGCGCCUUUCAAAUUUGAUAUGGAGCUGGAUGACUUGCCGAAGGAAAAACUGAAAGAACUAAUUUUUGAGGAAACUGCCAGAUUCCAGCCAGGAUACAGAUCCUAAAUGGCAUAAGGGAUAAAGGAAUUAAAGGGCUGGGCUCACUCUUCGUAGACGUUCUCUUCCUGGAUCUUUCUCUAUGAUCAUAUGACGUGGCCUCCUUCAGUUUAUCCACUAAACAUUUCAAGCCAUUCAGGAGGACCAUUUCUAUGGUCGUCCUGGCUUUCUAUGUCUUCAACCGAUCCUCUCUUUUACGCCUGAAGAAAUGUUACCAAUACUCCUGCGUGUAAACACCCCCCCCCCCACCGAUCUUUUUGCAGGUACUGUCUUUCUCUAUAAACACACCACCCUUCGAUGACGGCCGGUUGGUUUAGAGUAGACCAUGUCCCUCCUUUCUGGUUUGAAAGAUGCAGUGUUGGCUUCUGACCUUGAGGAGGGCAGAAACUAUUUUGUACCUUGAAUCAUUUUCGUUUUGUAGAUUUUUGUAACGGCAUUUGAGAGUGAAAAAAAUAAUAAUAAUCAUGACGGAACAUUUGAGGGCACUUUAAGUCAGGGGCAUUCGCCACACCUUUUGCACUUCUUUAAGCUUGCCAUGUUUAUUGACACGCACAGUACGAGAGGACAGAUCCAGGCAUACACUGUAUUUAUACUUUUCACUCCCCCCUCUUUCUCUGGGCAUAAAUUAAGGCAGGUCACUUCACAGCAAACGAUGCAGAACCCCCCACUCUUCCCCUUCUCCCCCCCUCCCGACUUUAAGAGGUCGUAGGUACUUGUGCAAUUUUAACGUUGAAUGGUACACCUGGGAUUUCCAACGCCACACUUGCAAGACGCAUCUGCUUACCCAGAAGCCAAUCUGGUUGAUUUGAACAGGACAUAAUUCCCUCCGAUCUUAGAAUUUUGGUCAUUUUCAACCCAGCAAAAAAAUGACUUCAUACAAAAUCUUACAGUUGAUGGCUUUCUUUUUCUGGGAAUGCACCCAGGGGGAUUAGCAGAGAAAUUUUUGUGAACACGGUAAACUCCACCUAAAUACUCGGUACCUUUCUUUUGAAUGUAUGUGGUGGGCUCUGGGGAAAAAAAAAAAAAAAGAGAGAACACUGCAUCUUUAAAAUAAGAAAGUGAGAACAACUGUAUUUCCGCAGCAUGUCGACAUCUCGCCUUUUAUUUCCUGUAACGUUCCCCACUCUUCCCAUAAUGCUUCCAGAAUUUAUAACUCUGGACCUCUUGUUCAGUCAGCUGAUUUAAAUUGCAUUAUCGAGACCCCCUAACCCGGGCUCACGAAAUUAAUACUCUGCUUUUUUUUUAAAUGAUAGCUCUUCAAGUAUUUGUUUCUGAAACUGUACAGUGUGGAGUUUAUUAGAUGUUCUGUUCCAGUGCGGUGCCUCAUUGACACUUUCCCCUCCUUCCCCCCCCCCCACUGCCCUCGGUGAGAAAUUUUACCUUGUUCUAAAAUGAUGACUGUGUCUUCUCCUCGCAUGACUGUUAAAAGCUUUCUGUGCACAGAUGAUUGUCUUAAGUGCCACAUAGCUGGAGCUAAAACAACAACAACAACAACAACAACAACAAAAAAGUUACCUCUAAACUAUACUCAAUGAAAUUCUCCCCAGCAAAGAGAACAUUUCAUGGGGGAGAAUCAAGCAUGUUCUUAGCUGUUCCAUCUUUUUUUGCUCUGUUGUAUUUUGGCAGCAGUGCCCUUGUUAAUGCAUCAAGCAUUAAAAGUUCAUUUUGGUAUAUUUACCUUUACUUUUUUCCAAAUAAUUUCGUUUGCCUUUUGAAGAAUUUUUGACAGGAGUCUUGCUGUUUUAGUCUUGGGGUGACUUGCGUUUAAUUUUUACUUCCUGCAAGGAUGAGAAAGUCUUUUGGGUGGAUUUUUAGUGGGCCAAUCAUUAUGCUAAAAUGAAUACAUUUUUUUUUCUGUUAAAGAAGUUAAUGUGACAUUAUGGUCUCGGCUUGAUCCACAGUUAGCUAAUUUGUUUCUCUGAUCCAAAAUUCCAUUGAGCUCGGUAAGACUGUUUGUUAGGAAAUUAGAAUCACAGUUUUGGCCACUUUAGGUGCAUCCAAAGUUGCGUACGGUGUAUAUCAAAGUUUAUAUUAGGUGUUUACAGAUGACAGCAUUCUGCAUUAACACAUAAGCAAUCAGUCUGCUGAACCAAACUUAAUAGAUGUUUGUCUCUGAAAGUUGAUCUCUGUUAACUCUCGUGGAACCUGCAAAAAGCAUAUAUUGAAUAUUAUAUAUUGUUGGAAUAUUGUUGGAAAAGGUUUAACAGGUCCCAAGUUCUCUGCAACUUCCUAUGACUGUUCAGAUCUGUCCUAGAUCCAUCUUUAAUUUUUUAAAAAAAAAACAGAAGUUUUACCAUAAUGCCAGCUGUUAAGUUGAGCUGUUCUCCUGGCUUGACUUGCAUCAUUAUUGCAACAUUAAUUUGGUGAUUGUAGACUGUUACGAGUCUCUCAAGUGAAACAACACUAACAGCAGUUUUUGUUACAAGAAUGGAAAGUUUUGUUGACUUUGUUUAUUAUGUUUUGUACUAUCCUAUUCACCUGCAAUUUACAAUUGGACAAAGGAAGCUACAGGCAAGACAUACUAAAACAGUGUUGCCCCCAACGUUUUGGGAACCAGGAAUCAGUUCCGUGGUUUUUCUAUGGGCCGAAGGGGUCUUUUGCAUGGUUUUGCAUGCUGCCUGCAUCCCACUGAUGGGGCUUAGCUUGUUUGUGCAGCCUGGUUUCUGGCAUGCUGCAGCCCAGCAAACAGGGGUUGGGGACCCUUGUACUAAAAUCAGCUUUGAGAUAUUCAUUCUGUCUGUCAAUUGACUUCUGGCCACUAACUGUUCAUUCAAGGCACAUCUUUUGACAGAAUAGAAUGUCUUGGUGAAAAAAGUAAGGCUGUACAUUUAGGCCAGAAAAACCAAAUGCAAAGCUAUAAUAUAUAGAUAGUAUAGAUAGUACUCGGCUCAGUAGUAGUAACGGUGAGAGGGAUCUUGGUGUCCUAGUGAACAAUCACUUAAAUGUGAGCCAGCCAUGUGCAGCUGCUGC